GAGAGAAAAAGAAAAAACCAAAACCGCCAUUUCCUUAAUAAUCAUCACAAACCCUACAUAAACCCUGAAACUUGUGCUCCACGAACCUCCCUUCGUUUCCAAUGGCGCCUAACCAGAACUCCCUUUUCUGAAUUCUUUCAAACACUUAUUCAUCCACCCCCUUCACUGGAUUCAUUUCACAAAAAUGGCUAAAAAUUGUGCAUCCGGGAUUUUAGCAGCUGUAGCUUAUGCAGCUUUUGGUGUCGAUCAUGCUUAUGCAGAAGGCCCAUUUAAUUUUGCGCCAUUCUCUAAUUCGUCCACCGCGGCUUCCAAGAUUCCGCAGCCUGUCCCCGAGGCCGCUAAGCCCCCAGCUCAGCCGGCAGAAACAGGAUUGGCACGGGUGCGUAAUGAUAACCCCAGGACGACUUCUGCUGGGUUCGACCCCGAGGCAUUGGAGAGGGGUGCCAAGGCCUUGAGAGAGAUUAGUAGCUCUUCACAUGCUAAAAAGGUAUUUGAAGUGAUGAAAAAGCAAGAAGAAACAAGGCAGCAAGAAUUAACCUCAAAAGCAGCGGAGUUCAAGGCAUUGCAAGCUCAAGCUGAAACUGAGAAACAGAGGGUGAUAUAUGACGAACAGAAAAAGCUUGCUCAGCAACAGGCACAAAUAAAAUCCCAGAUGGCUCGGUAUGAAGAUGAAUUGGCAAGGAAAAGGAUGCAGGCAGAGAAUGAACAUCAAAGAGCAAGAAAUCAAGAGCUCGUCAAAAUGCAAGAGGAAUCAUCUAUGAGGCAAGAGGCUGCUAGACGAGCAACUGAGGAACAAAUUCAAGCACAACGUCGCCAAACUGAAAGAGAGAAGGCUGAGAUAGAACGUGAAACUAUCAGGGUGAGGGCUCUGGCUGAAGCAGAGGGAAGAGCCCAUGAAGCCAAGCUUGCUGAGGAUGUUAAUAGACGGAUGCUAGUUGAACGUGCAAAUGCAGAGCGGGAGAAAUGGGUUGCUGCAAUUAAUACAACUUUUGAUCACAUUGGAGGGGGACUGCGAGCAAUUUUAACUGAUCAAAAUAAGUUGGUUAUAGCAGUGGGAGGCAUAACAGCACUUGCAGCAGGGGUCUACACUACAAGAGAAGGUGCUAGGGUAAUUUGGGGUUACGUGGACCGCAUUUUAGGACAACCAUCUCUCAUCAGAGAAUCUUCCCGAGGGAAAUACCCAUGGUCUGGCUUGUUUUCACGUGCCAUGAACACUGUCUCACGUUCUGUAAAUAGAAGUUCUGGCUCGCAAAAUGGGUUUGGUGAUGUUAUUUUACACCCUUCCCUUCAGAAACGGAUCGAACAGUUAGCUAAUGCAACUGCAAAUACAAAAGCUCAUCAGGCACCAUUUAGAAACAUGCUUUUCUAUGGGCCACCAGGGACGGGGAAAACGAUGGCUGCUAGGGAGCUUGCCCGAAAAUCUGGCCUUGAUUAUGCACUGAUGACAGGAGGAGACGUUGCACCACUGGGCUCUCAGGCUGUUACAAAGAUACACCAAUUGUUUGAUUGGGCUAAGAAGUCCAACAAGGGUUUGUUGCUUUUCAUUGAUGAAGCAGAUGCAUUCUUGUGCGAGCGGAAUAAAACGUAUAUGAGUGAAGCGCAAAGAAGUGCACUCAAUGCACUGCUAUUUCGCACGGGUGAUCAGUCCAAGGAUAUAGUUCUUGCUCUUGCUACAAACCGACCUGGAGAUCUUGAUUCAGCUGUGGCGGAUCGAAUUGAUGAAGUUCUCGAAUUUCCUUUGCCUGGUGAAGAUGAACGCUUCAAGCUGCUGAAACUUUAUCUGGACAAGUACAUAGCACAAGCUGGAGCAAGAAAACCAGGCAUUUUUUCACAUUUGUUUCAGAAGCAGCAGAAGAAGAUAGAGAUCAGGGGUUUGACUGAUGAUAUUAUUAAGGAAGCUGCAGCAAAGACUGAGGGAUUUUCUGGAAGAGAGAUAGCAAAGCUAAUGGCAAGCGUUCAAGCUGCAGUAUAUGGUAGCGAGAAUUGUGUGCUAGAUCCAACUCUGUUCCGAGAAGUGGUAGAUUAUAAAGUUGCAGAGCAUCAGCAAAGAAAGAAACUUGCUGAAUCUGAAGGGGAAGGUUCUUAAUGAAGUCUGAUAUCAGGACUUCACAGAUUCUUUACCUGAAUGAAUUAAACAAAUGGGCAAGUUCCAACAAGCCUUUACAUGCCCAGAUUUUUUCUUUCUGGAAAACAUGUAAUAUUUUUCCCUAAUGAGUGAGGGGGUUUUGGUUAGUUUCCAUAUCAAUGAUGUUUAUUAGUAGUUUACAUUGAAAUAGUGGCGUUUUAUUUGUUCUACUGAUUUCCUCUAGUAACUCUUUUCAAGUGAAUUAAGAUUAGAUAAGUAUCAA